UCCACGUUCUCCGUCUGCGUGGACCGGUCCUCAUUUUCCCCGUCUCCUCUGGGCUUCCGCCGCCCUUCUCUGGCCUACCGCGCGCGCCCCGCAGCCGCCGCGCGCGCCUCCGGCCAACUGCUCCUCGCCACCCUUCUCCGGCCUGCUCCCCUACCGCCCAAGCACCACCCACAUCUCGACUUUCUCUUCCAGGCGUCAGCAGCCUCGGCGGAGGCGGGGACGCCAGCCGCCAGGCAGUGCUUGCGCCGGCUCCGGCCAAAUCGAAGACGGCCGGCGGCGCACCCGCGGCAGCCAAGAGGCGGCGCGCCUCCAGGAGGAGCCCUGCUGCUGUCUGAAGCUUGGUCUUGUUGCUGCCCCUCUCUUGCGCGUGUGCAAAAGCAUUGCAAAGGUCAUUUUGGUCAAGCGCUACUUCGUAUACCAUUUCUGGCACUAUCCCUUGCUAAUUGGGUGCUGUAUACAGAUCAAGUACGUUGGAUUUUUCUAUGGCAGCUGAGGAAGAUGUCAAGCAGAGGCAGAUCAUUGAAAAUCGUGCGAGAAAUAUAAGCCACAAUGUCCGGUGCACUGAGUGUGGUAGCCAAUCAAUUGAAGAUUCACAGGCUGAUGUUGCUAUUCUGCUUAGAAAGCUCAUUCGUGAUGAAAUAAAAGCGGGAAAGAGUGAUAAAGAGAUCUACAAGAAACUAGAGGACGAGUAUGGAGAGACGGUCCUGUAUGCCCCUAAAUUUGAUCUUCAGACUGCUGGGAUAUGGCUUUCACCUGUAAUUGUGGGAGGUGUAGCAGCUGGCAUCUGGGCUUACCAAAAGCACAGGCAAAGGACAAAUGUUCACAUUAUGGCUCUGAACCUGGUCCGAGGGGUUCCGCUGACUCCAAGGGAGAAGGAGACAAUGCUAGACAUCCUUACACCUCCACCGCCUCCAAGAAAGUGGUGGUGGCCAGGCAAAUGAUGUAGUGUUCAUGCACCUCUCCUGCAAUAUGAAGUACUCGUUUUCCCAUGGUAGCAGCAUAGAAAUUAAAUGAUCAGGAGGCAAAUUUUAGCAUGGAGUUUGAAUGCAUACAUGCGACCUUUGAUCACGAAUUUCAGUUUAGCCAAACAUUUGCAACGUACUCCAUGGAUCUAGCAGGAUUUGCUGCGUUACGGAAGCCACGCAUUUCUACUUGCUGUUGUCUGUACUUGCUGCUGCCUGCUGUUUUUGUGAGCAGGAUGGUCUGAAGCCUGUUGAUGAGUUAACAAGAUUAUCACUCAUUCCACUAUAUAGCCAAAACAGCAAGAUUACCACGUUUCA